CAAAACACCACGUGAAUGACGCCAGAUUUAAUCUUGGAGAAAUGAAGGUGUGGGAGUGCAGCGUUAAGAGUUUGGUGAGCUGGUGUGGUGCAGAUAGUGGAGGUGCUGUUGAAUGGGAUGGUUCUCAUGUGCGUGAUCUCCUCCUACUUCGUCCUUGCCGGGUUCAGCGCCGGCCUUGGGAGCGGCGGCUGGGUCAACAGUUACUACCCGCCCUUUGAGGGGAAGGAGCUGGAGCAGGUGCGGCAGCUAGAUCAACAGUUCACGGUCCUCCGCUCGCCCCUCGUUUACGGCGGCUUGGCCGUCGCCCUGGGGGUGGGGGUCCUCACUCUGGGGGUCCUCGUCCGAGGAGCCAAGAGCCUGCCCCGACUGACGGAGAAAUGGCUGGUCACGGAAGCGGUCUUCAGCCUCCUGGCCGGGGCGGGUUACCUUGCGGCCAUCGGGAUCUAUCUCCACACAGCCCUGCGCAUCAAUGCCACGGAGACGUGCAGAACGAGAGAGAGGCUGUACGCGAGGAGAGGCCUCACGUGGAUGAACUGUCAGCUCUCGGGGACCGACGGGGCCGCCGCGGCCUUUGCCUGUCUGCUGGUUCUAAUGUACGGGGCCAGCGUAGUGCUGGCUGUUCGGAGCUACCGUGAGUUACGGAGCUACCGAGAGCAGCGGGCCUACAGAGACCAUCAGAAGAACCGCGGGACGUUCGGCGAGCGGUCCCCCGAAUACCUGUGGUCCGGGACGCUGUGAGAGGUCUUCCCCGUUCUUGCCCGGCUUCCGGCCCCUCCCUGAACCAGUUGGCCUUCUGUCACACGCUAGACGGAGCGCUGCUCUCCUUCAGAGUCGGUUUAGUUGGACCUGGCUGGCUGGGAGGGGACCCGGGGGAGGGAUGUCUUCAAACACCUGUGGCGUAGCCACGCUGGAGGAGAAGAGCAGAACACGGUUGUGGGGGGCAAGGGAGCUGGGUUCUAUUCUAGGCUCUGCUGCUUGCCUGCCGUGUGACCUUGAGCAAGUCACAGACAGACCU